AUGGAGAAGACAAGUCCUCCACCACCCUACUCUACUGCAGAGAAUAUACCCACAGUCAAACUACCCGAAGGUGCCGGAAUUAUAUUCAUGACAGCAUCAGAUAAUGACUAUUUUUAUAUUAAAUCUAUUAGCAGUAUGAAACUCCAUAUUAGGCCAAAGGGACGGAACCCACAGGAAGAGGCUGCACAAAUCAAGGCGCAUAGGGCGAAACUAGACCAGCUAAGAGCCGAGAUGUCUGCGUGGGCGAGAGCAGAGUGGGAGGUAAAGAAGAGAGAGAAGGCGAGACGCAAGGAGCGGGAAGCAGAAAUAAAGAGGGAGAAAGCUAUGGAGAAAGAGAGGCGAAAGGAGUGGAAAAGGGGGCGGAAGAGGGAGGCGGAAAUAGAAUGGAGCAAAGCGAGAGAGGGGGGGGAGAGGCAGAGAGAGGAGGAACAGCGAGCAUGA